CUCGGCGCCGCUUGUGGGCGGGCGGUAACUUUGUUGCUCGCUGGGGCAGAGCCGUGUUUGUGGUUCCUCUACCGCUAUCCCUGGCCCCGACGGGCGGGCGGGGCUGUUCCCGGGCCCAGCCUCUUCAGCCCGGGGCGGCGCUGAGCUUGGUGCUAUAAGGACCAUCAAGGAGCUCGGUCUCCCGCGGCUGUCUGUGUGAGUCAGAGAGGCGGCGUCGGGUGGCGAUAGCAGUAAUUAGCCUCGGUAAAUUCUGGGAAUAUUUCCUUAAAGUUUUAUCUGUUUUUUUUCUUGUAAAAAGAAAAGAAAUGUGUUAAAGCUGUAUUUAAAAACAACAACCUGCUCAGAUAUGAGCAGUGCCAGUAAUUCACUGGCACGUGAAUUUUUGAUAGAUGUCAAUCGUCUCUGCAAUGCUGUUGUCCAGAGGGCUGAGGCCAGGGAGGAGGAAGAGGAGGAAACUCACAUGGCAGCACUUGGACAAUACCUUGUUCAGGGACGUGGUUUUACUUUGCUUACCACGCUUAAUUCCAACAUAGAUCAGGAGUUGACAUGUCGAGAAGAACUUCUAACUCUCCUCCUGUCGCUUCUACCAUUGGUGUGGAAAAUACCUGUCCAAGAAGAAAAAGCGAUAAAUUUUAAUCUACCCUUCACAAUUGACAUAUGCCUGACCAAAGAGACACAUUCAAGUUAUUUGAGAUCUACAUGGGAAAAACUAAGUUUAGAAGGAAUAGUUCAUCCAUCCUUUCAGACUCCUGUAAAAUUAAAUUCUUCAUCUCGAAAAACUAAGCGUCAGCGCAAAAUCACCCAUCGGUAUUCUGUGAGGGAUGCAAGAAAAUCUCAGUUAUCUACUUCGGAUUCAGAAGGCAAUUCAGACGACAAGACUACCAUAAUGAUUAAACACAGACGGUCUCAAAUCCUACAGCCUUUUGUAACAUACCCACCUAGGGACGACUACCUUGCAAGAACAGGUGAUUCCCCACUGGCAGAAGUAGUGCGAAGUUUUAAUCCCGAUCCCAUGAGUCUAGAAAAUUCCAGACAAAUCAUUCCAGCACAAGAGUCAAAAUCUGAGGUUUUAAAUGAGUCAGCUGCAGCAGCAAUUGUCAGCAGCAUGAACAAUUCUCCAUUUGACUUGUGCCAUGUCUUGUUGUCAUUGUUAGAAAAAGUAUGUAAAUUUGAUAUUACCUUGAAUCAUAAUUCUGCACUUGCAGCCACUGUAGUGCCCACCUUAACAGAAUUCUUAUCAGGAUUUGGAGACUGUUGCAAUACGAGUAGUGAAGCAGAAAGUGAAGUGGUUUCUGCAGGCUGGACAGAAGAACCUGUGGCUCUGGUUCAAAGGAUGCUCUUUAGAACAGUGCUGCACCUUUUGUCCAUAGAUAUUACCAGUGCUGAAACUAUGCCUGACAACUUGAGAAAAAAUCUAACAGAUUUACUUAGAGCAGCUUUAAAAAUUAAAACUUGUUUGGAAAAGCAGUCUGAUCCUUUUUCUCCAAGACAAAAGAAAACACUACAGGAGGUUCAAGAUAACUUUGUGUUUUCUAAGUAUCGCCACAGAGCCCUCCUUUUACCUGAGCUUCUAGAAGGGGUUUUGCAGAUUCUGAUCUGUUGUCUUCAGAGUGCAGCUUCCAAUCCAUUUUAUUUUAGUCAAGCUAUAGAUCUCGUUCACGAAUUUAUACAACACCAGGGAUUCAAACUAUUGGAAAUGACAGUGCUUCAAAUGGAAUGGCUGGUUGCAAGGGAUGAGGAAAUAACUACCGAAGCCUCAGAACAUCUAAAAGCCCUAAUCAACAGCAUUAUGAAAAUAAUCAGCACUAUCAAAAAAGUGAAAUCAGAACAGCUUCAUCAGUCAAUGUGUACAAGAAAGAGGCAUAGACGAUGUGAGUAUUCUCACUUCAUGCAUCAUCACAGAGAUCUCUCGGGGCUUCCAGUUUCUGCUUUUAAAAACCAGGUUUCCAGAAACCCCUUUGAGGAGGUAGUACAUGGAGAAGUUCAUUAUCCUGAACGCUGCUGUUGCAUUGCUGUUUGUGCUCAUCAGUGCUUCCACUUGCUGCAGCAAGUUUCUUUGAGCAGCACCUGUGCUCAGAUUCUAUCAGGUGUACAUAAUGUAGGAAUAUGUUGUUGUAUGGAUCCAAAGUCUGUGAUUACUCCAUUACUUCAAGCUUCCAAGUUACCAGUGUUAAAAAACUUUCAACAGCAUAUAUUGAGCAUCCUUAGCAAGUUCAUAUUGGAUCAAUUGGGAGGAACUGAAGUGUCUCAAAAAAUUAUACAGGCAGCCUGCAAUAUUUGUACUAUUGACUGUGACCAGCUUGCUGAGCUAGAAGAUACCCUGCAAAGCAACUCGGCUGAUAUUGGUCUCGCAUCAAAUUUUUCAUGUCCCUCUUAUAGGUUUCAAGGGAUUUUGCCUAGUAGAGGAUCUGAAGACAUGUUGUUGAAGUGGGAUGCUUUGGCGGCUUACCAGGACUUUGCUUUUGAAGAAGACAAACAACACAGUGUGCAGAUAGCAAGCCACAUUUGCCAUUUAAUCCAAAAAGGCAAUGUGGUGGUUCAGUGGAAGCUGUACAACUAUAUAUAUAACCCAGUGCUCCAGAGAGGGGUUGAGUUAGCUCAUCAUUCUCAACAGCUCGGUAUAACUGCAGCAUGCAAUCACGUAUGCAGCUGUCAUAGCCGACAUUUGUCCCAGGAGGUACUUCAAAUUUAUUUACAGACACUACCUGCAUUAUUUAAAUCCAGGAUAAUACAAAAUCUGUUCUUAAGUUCUAAUGGAGUGAAUCAAAUGACAGAACUGAAUUACUUAGAUUCUGUAAGAAGUCACUCUCUGAAAGUAUUUGAAACUCUGAUAUUCUGCCUUGGAGAUCAGCCGAAAGACAAAGCAAUGCCAGAACUAGAGGGUAUGGAUAAUGAACAAAAGGAGCCCAUUUUAGAUUUAGUGACUUCCUUUCGUAGCCAGCAGAUGAUUUCUGAUGUUCCUCAAAGCCUGAGGAAGUUUUAUGCAGGCCUCAGAGAAGCUUAUCCAAAGAAGAAAAAGUAUGUCAAUCAAGAUGUUCAUGUCAAUUUGAUAAAUUUAUUUCUCUGUGUGGCUUUUUUGUGUGUAAGUAAAGAAGAGGAGGAUCGGGAUUCAGCUAAUGAUUCUGAAGAUACAUCAGGCUAUGAUAGCACAGCUAGUGAGCCUUUGAGUCGCAAGCUACCAUGUCUCUCACUAGAGAGCCUUACUUUACCCUCCCCAGAACAUAUCCACAGGGCAGCAGACAUUUGGUCUAUAUGUCGUUGGAUCUAUUUGUGUAGUUCAGUUUUCCAGAGACAGUUCCAUAGGCUUGGUGGUUUUGAAAUUUGUCAUAAAUUAAUAAUCAUGAUAAUCCAGAAACUUGCCAAAAAUAAAGUAAAGGAGCAAGAGGAAAAGGCGAGAGCUUUAAGUGAAAAUAAUAAAUGUUUAAAUGGCAGUCCUCCUAAUGAACCUGUUUUCAAAAAAGAUUCAUAUCACUUGACUGUGAACAAACAGUUGACAGAAUCAGAGUUUAAUAGUCUUGAUGAAAAUCCUGAUGCUACUGGACAACUAGUAUCUGAAUGUGUCUCCUGUGACCAUUCUUUGAAAGUGGAACAAAUUUCGGUUGCUACUGUUGAUGAGCUUGAGGAACUAAAGAAGUUCGUAAGGCAAGAGAAUGAGUGGUCACUUCAGAGUAUAAAGCUCUUGGAAGCUUUGCUGACUAUUUGUCUACACAGCGCAAAUAGUACCCAACAGAAAGUGGAAGUGGAGUUGCUUCACCAGAGUGUGUGUCUGGAAGAUAUAUUACUUGAAAUGCGGGACCAGCUUGCCCAGUCAAGAGCAAUUGAAACGUACUUGGCAAAACCUCUGUUAGAUUCGCUGCUUCGAGUUGCGCUGGGAAAUUAUUCUGCUGAUCUGGAUCAUUCUGAAGAGAAAACAGAGAAGAUCCAUCAUACGGAAAAGGAGUCUGUGUCCCAACCUGAAGACCUUUCUGAAGAAGCUGAAGAAUCGCAGUGCUGUAGUUUUAAACUCUUUGCUGAAGAGGAAGGCUAUGAAGCAGAUAGUGAAAGUAACCCGGAUAGUGAAAGCAAGGAUGAAGGAACAGACACUAAAAGAGAAGCGGGAUGCAUGGUCCCUUCAAGUUAUUCCAGUGACCUAACUGAAAACAUCAAUCAAGGAGAAUUAAUAUACCCUGAAAUCUGUAUGCUAGAAUUGAACUUGCUCUCAGCUGGCAACCCAAGCCUAGAUGUACUUGCCCAUGUUUUCCAGAGCUUCUUGAAAGUCAUCAGGCAGAAGGAGAAAAAUGCCACUUUCCUUAUGCAACAGGGAGCUGUAAAAAGUCUUUUGGGAGGAUUCCUAAACAUCUUGAUACAGAAGGACUCCAGUUUUCAUGCAUGCCAAAUAGUGCUGGUAGAGCUUCUAGUGUCUUUGAUGAGCUCAAGGACGUGUGCAGAAGAGCUAACCCUUCUCUUGAGGGUAUUUUUAGAGGAAACACCUUGUACAGAGAUACUACUUAAAGGUAUCUUGAAGAUUGUGGAGACGAAUAUCUAUAUGAGUCCAUUACAAUAUCUCUCCUUCCCCUUGCUAAAGAGCCCAAAUUUAAAUAGCAGUUCUUCACAAAAAUCAACUAGUGCACUCAACAGCAAGACCAUAGGACUAUUAAAAAGAGCAAAGUUUUCACAAAAUAAGAAGGAAGCAGAUGGUGAGAAUUUGACUCACCAGCUUCUUUCUUCUUGGCACGUAGCCCCAAUCCACUUGCCUUUGGUGGGGCAAAACUGUUGGCCGCACAUGUCUGAGGGCUUCAGUGUCUCAUUGUGGUUUCAUGUGGAAUGUGUUCAAGAAACAGAAAGUCCCACAGAAAAAGGGAAGAAGAUGAAGAAAAGAAGCAAAUCACUAAUUGUGCAAGAGAGCAGUUUUGAUGGCACAAAAGAAAGCAAAUCUGUACAAAUGGAGUAUCUUAACUUGGGGGACAAACUUGUUGAAGAUGGCUGCAUUCAUAUAAUUUCAUUGGGUUCCAAAGCAUUGAUGAUACAAGUCUGGGCUGAUUUGAACACUGGAGCUUUCAUAUUUCGUAUGUGUAUGGAUCCAAAUGAUGAAAUGAAAGCUGGCCUGCUAGCACAGGCUGAAUCACCAGAGAACAUUUUCCUUAUAGGCAAGUGGCAGCAUUUGGCAAUAACAUAUUUGCAACAGCCAGAAGGCAAGAAGAAUAUCCACGGAGAACUGUCACUAUGGGUCUCUGGUGAGAGGAAACGUGAGAUCAGUUUAGAUUACACUCUACCAAGAAAAACAAGUUUAUCUGACAGCAAUAAAACCUUUUGUAUGGUUGGUCAUUGCACAUCAUCCCAAGAAGAACUGCUACAAUUGGCUGGGAAAUGGGAUCUGGGAAAUCUGCUUCUCUUUAAUGGUGCAAAGAUUGGUCCAGAGGAAGCAUUCUACCUAUACGCCUGUGGGCCAGACUUUACCUCUAUAAUGCCUUGUAAAUAUGGCAAAACAAUGACUGACUACUCCAAAUAUAUAAGUAAAGACAUUCUACAGUGUGAACAAAUUAAGGAAUUCUUCAUGAAAAAGAAAGAAGUGGACACUGGACCUUUAACUGAAAGUCUCGCUGUUGUCUAUACCACUUGCUGCCCUGCUCAGUACACCAUAUAUGAACCUGUUAUUAGACUGAAAGGUCAAGUGAAAACUAUGCCCUCUCAGAGACCUUUCAGUUCAAAAGAAGUUCAGAGCAAUUUAUUGGAUCCUCAUCACCUGAAAAUGCUUCAGCCUGUUGAAUAUAAAACUCUUCAGGGCAUACUGCAUGAGCUUGGAGGAACAGGUGCAUUUGUCUUUCUCUUUGCUAGGGUUAUUGAUAUCAGCAACUGUGAAGAGACUCAAGCUUUAGCACUACAAGUUAUACUCUCAUUAACAAAAUACAACCAACAGAGAAUACAAGAGAUGGAAAACUGUAAUGGAUAUUCCAUGAUCCAUCAGGUGUUGAUCAAACCCAAGUGUAUUGUUGGAUUUCGCAUUUUGAAGACCCUUCUUGAAGGAUGCUGCAGUGAUGAGAUUCUUACUAUAAAUGAGAGCGGACAAUUCAUGCUUGAUGCAGAUUCCACUGCAGUAAUACAAGAUAUUAAAUUGCUAGAAGAGUUACUGUUUGAUUGGAAGAUAUGGUCUAAAGCACAGCAAGGUGUUUGGGAAACUCUUUUAGCAGCUCUGGAAAUCCUUAUCAGAGCUAACCAUCAUGAACAGAUGUUUAACAUCAAACAACUGUUGAAAGCUCGUGUGGUGCAUCACUUCCUGCUAACUUGUCAGGUUCUGCAGGAGCAAAAGGAAGGGCAUCUUACAUCCCUGCCUCGGGAGGUUUGUAGAUCAUUUGUGAAAAUAAUUGAAGAAGUGCUUGGAUCUCCCCCAGACCUGGAAUUACUGACACUGAUCUUCAAUUUCCUCUUAGCAGUUCACCCUCCCACUAAUACAUAUGUUUGUCACAAUCCCACCAACUUCUACUUUUCCCUGCACAUAGAUGGCAAAAUUUUCCAGGAAAAGGUCCAAUCGAUCAAGUAUCUGAGAAAUUCCAGCAUUGGUGGAAAAUCAAUUGACAGUCCUACACAUUUAACUACAAGUCCAGCUGGAUUUACUGCUUCACCACUGGGAGGAAACAUUAUUUCCAAGAUUAGUGUACCACAGAUAACACACACUCAGGCACCUGAACGGCGUUGCAAAAGCCUACCAGCAUCUCCUACCUCCUCACCACAAGUGCAUCCAAAAAACCUACGUGGGAGCUUGGGUAGAAGCAUUGAUGACUUACAGGAAGUUGGGGAGAGUGACUCUGUUGAUCCACAGGAAAAAAAUAUUUUUGUGGAAAACUCUGAAACGUUAAAAAGGGUACAGGAGGAACUCUGUGUCAGCAGCUGUGAGUCUGCAAAAACAGUUUGUGACUCGGAGUUAACAUCUGCUGAAGCAUUGGUUGACAUUUCAAAAGAAGAACUAGAAUUAUCUGAGAACAAAGAGCUAAAUGCAGAACUGAAAAGUAAUGAGGAUGGUGCUGCAGUUGAAUCAUUGUUGCGCCGUCCUGACAAUCUGAAGGGGCUGCCUUCAUUUCAGAAAAGUCAAAAUAAUUUUGCAGGCUUGGGUCUAGCGUUUUCUGCUCAGAGUGGAUCAUCCUCCAUUGCUUGCUGGCCAACCCUCGCUGAUAGGAGUGCACUUCUUGAAGAAUGGGAAAGCCUUACCUUCUCUUCAAUUAGUGAACAGACCUUUAAAAGAUCUGAAAGACCUGAUUAUAGAUCCACAGAAGAUUGCCUUGUGCUUAUAUGCUGUGGAUUGUAUGACCUCUUACGUGGAGUUCUUUUAAUCCUGCCAGAUAUCAUGCUAGAAGAUGUGAUAGACAAACUUAUUCAGCCUGACACUCUUAUCGUUCUUGUGAACCAUCCAUCUCCUCUCAUACAACAAGGAGUCAUUAAAUUGUUGGAUGCAUAUUUCAACAGAGCAACCAGGGAACAAAAGGAAAAAUUCUUAAAGAAUCGUGGCUUCUCCUUGUUAGCCAACCAGUUGUAUCUUCACCAAGGAACUCAGGAACUUUUGGAGUGCUUUUUGGAAAUGCUCAUUGGUCGAUCUGUUGGUCUUGAUGAAGAAUUUGACAUGGAAGAUGUAAAAAAUGCUGGACUUUUUCAAAAAUGGUGUGUCAUUCCUGUUCUGGGACUUGUAGAGAAUUCUCUCUAUGACAACGUACUGCUGCAUAAUUCCUUCUGCCUUCUGCUACAAAUCAUAAAUUCAUGCUCUAAAAUGGCAGACAUGCUGCUUGAUAAUGGUUUGCUAUAUGUGCUGUGUAAUACUUUAGCAGCCCUUAAUGGUCUAGAAACAAACAUUCCUUUGAAUGACUACAAGUUACUUGUGUGUGAUAUAAAACAAUUACUAGUAGCAGUCACAAUUCAUGCCUGCAGUUCCUCAGGUUCUCAGUAUUUUCGUGUUAUUGAGGACCUCAUUAUACUACUGGGACAUCUUCAAAAUAAUAAAAAUGAGAAGACACAAAACAUGGCAAUUGCUCUGCAAUUCAGAGUUCUUCAGGCAGCGAUUGAAUUAAUAAAAGCUACAGCAAACCGAGACUCACAGGAUCUGGCUAACUCUUUACGUUUACCUGCUACCCAUCAUAACGCAAUGUUUCAAAAACGUAAAAGCAUUGCUGGUUCCAGGAAAUUUUCUCUUGCUCAGUCUGACACACUAGUGAUGAAAAUGCGUUUAGUAGCAAGUGAUGAACUUAACAUGAUGAUGCAGCAGAGAAUGAGCCAAGAGAAUCCUAUUCGAGCCACUGAGACUGAGUUUAUACAGAGGUUACAGAGACUCACUGUUCUAGCAGUUAACAGGUUCAUUUAUCAAGAACCUACUGAAGAUUGCCUUGAUGUAUUGGGUACACCAGAGACCACAAUUCAAUGCAGACUUUCAACAUCCCAGCUGGAAGCCUCUGAAGAGGAGGACCAACAAGAACUGCCUAGCAAUACAAAUUAUUUUCUGAAAGAAAUGUUCAACAUGAUGCUUGAAGGAAUCAAAGUAUCCAUUGGUACAAGCAGAAUCAGCACGCCUAGGCAACAGUGGAAGAGAAUCCUCUGGUCCUGUAAGGAUACAUUCCGUAUGCAGCUUGGAAAACUCCUAGUGCAUAUUUUGUCUCCAGCACAACCAUUGCAAGAAAGAAAGAAAGCUUUGGAGUUAGUAUGUGAAACAAACCACCGGGAGAUUAUGCGAGAUUGUCUCAGCCCAGCUCUGCAACAUGGACCUAAAUUAGCCCUCUAUCUGUAUGAGUUAACGCAUGAUCACAAGGAUGAAUUGACUGAAGAAGAACAAGUAUCAUCAGGAAUAUUUAUGAAUGCAUUAAAAUUUUGUGGCUAUAAAUGCAUUUCUCCCAGUGCUCCACGAGAACCAGACUUCCUUAAAGCCAUGAAAGAGAAGUAUGAGGCAGAGGAAUGUGUGAACAAAGCUGCUUGGCAGAAGACUAUGAUUAAUAAUCAGCAAAAUCUCUCUCAGCGUCUGGAUGCAAAGUCAAAAGAUAUUUCCAAAAUUGCUGCAGACAUCACCCAGGCAGUCUCUUUUUCGCAGGGAAUGGAAAGAAAGAAGGUGAUUCAGCACAUUAGAGGAAUGUAUAAAACAGAUUUAAGUGCCAGCAGGCAUUGGCAGGAACUUGUUCAGCAACUUACACAUGACAGAACACUCUGGUAUGAUCCUGUCUACUACCCAACAUCUUGGCAACUAGAUCCAACAGAAGGCCCAAACCGAGAGAGGCGCCGUUUGCAGAGGUGCUAUUUAACUAUACCAAAUAAGUACCUGCUCAGAGAUAGGCACAAACAGGAAGAAGUGAUCAAACACCCUUUGUCUUACCUAUUUGAAGACAAAACACAUUCCUCUCAUUCUUCCACUGUAAAAGACAAAGCAGCAAGUGAGAAUAUAAGAGUGAAUCGAAGAUGCAUCAAUGUAGCACCUUCUAGAGAAACAGCUGGGGAAUUGUUGUUAGGCAAAUAUGGAAUGUAUUUUGUUGAAGACAAUGCUUCCGACACAAUAGAAAGUUCUAGUUUUCACAGGGAAACUGAACCAGCAUCAUUUUCUUGGACAUAUGAAGAAAUCAAGGAAGUUCAUAAGAGAUGGUGGCAAUUAAGAGACAAUGCUGUGGAAAUAUUUUUAACAAAUGGCAGAACUUUACUCUUAGCUUUUGACAACACAAAGGUCCGUGAUGAUGUGUACCACAACAUCUUAAUGAACAACCUGCCUAAUCUUUUGGAGUAUGGGAACAUUACUGCUUUGACCCAUCUAUGGUACACAGCACAGAUUACCAACUUUGAAUACCUGACUCAUUUAAACAAACAUGCUGGCCGUUCCUUCAAUGAUCUCAUGCAGUAUCCAGUAUUUCCCUUUAUACUUUCUGACUACACCAGCGAAACACUGGACCUAAAUGAUCCAUCUGUUUAUAGAAAUCUAGCCAAACCCAUAGCUGUACAGUCUAAAGAAAAGGAAGAUCGAUAUGUGGAUACUUACAAGUAUUUGGAAGAGGAGUACCGCAAAGGAGCUAGAGAGGAUGACCCCAUGCCUCCUGUGCAGCCUUAUCACUAUGGAUCUCAUUACUCCAACAGUGGAACUGUACUUCACUUUCUAGUUAGAUUGCCUCCUUUCACUAAAAUGUUCUUAGCUUAUCAAGAUCAAAGUUUUGACAUCCCAGAUAGAACCUUUCAUUCUACCCACACAACUUGGCGUCUCUCCUCCUAUGAAUCUAUGACUGAUGUGAAGGAGCUUAUCCCAGAAUUUUUCUAUCUUCCAGAGUUUUUAGUUAACAGAGAAGGUUUUGAUUUUGGACUGCGUCAAAAUGGCGAAAGAGUAAACCAUGUCAAUCUCCCCCCAUGGGCUCGUAAUGAUCCCCGUCUCUUCAUCCUGAUUCAUCGUCAGACUUUAGAGUCUGAUCAUGUCUCCCAGACAAUCUGUAACUGGAUUGAUUUAGUGUUUGGGUAUAAGCAAAAGGGCAAGGCUUCGGUUCAAGCUAUCAAUGUUUUCCAUCCUGCUACCUACUUUGGGAUGGAUGUUUCUGCUGUUGAGGAUCCAGUUCAAAGAAGAGCCCUGGAAACAAUGAUAAAAACAUAUGGACAAACCCCUCGUCAGUUGUUCCACACAGCACAUGUCAGCAGACCCGGCUCCAGGCUCAUAAUAGAUGGAGAACUUCCCGCUGCCAUGGGGUUAUUAGUGCAGUUUGCUUUCAGAGAAACCAGGGAGCACUCUAAAGAAAUAGUAUAUCCAAGUCCUUUGCCUUGGAUAAAAGGUUUAAAGUGGGGGGAAUAUGUAGGUUCCCCAAGUGCUCCAGAUCCAGUUGUUUGCUUCAGCCAGCCACAUGGAGAAAGGUUUGGCUCUCUGCAGGCUCUGCCAACUAGGGCCAUCUGUGGUUUGUCCCAAAAAUUCUGCCUUUUGAUGAUAUACAGCAAAGAGCAAGGUGUGAGAAGCAUGCACAGUACAGAUAUCCAGUGGUCAGCCAUUCUGAGUUGGGGAUAUGCUGAUAACAUUUUAAGACUAAAAAGCAAGCAAAGUGAACCUCCAAUAAAUUUUAUACAGAGUUCACAGUUGCACCAGGUAACAAGUUGUGCUUGGGUACCAGACAGUUGCCAGCUUUUUACAGGUAGCAAAUCUGGUGUCAUCACAGCGUAUAUCAACAGAUUCUCUAGCAAUAUGCAUUCCGAGAUAGAAAUGGAAUCUCAAGUACAUCUGUAUGGUCAUACAGCAGAGAUAACCAGCUUAUUUGUCUGCAAACCAUAUAGUAUAAUGAUAAGUGUAAGCAAGGAUGGAACCUGCAUCAUCUGGGAUUUGAACAGGCUGUGCUAUGUCCAAAGUCUUGCUGGACACAAGAGUCCUGUGACAGCAGUCUCUGCUAGUGAAAUGACAGGUGAUAUUGCAACAGUUUGUGAUUCAGUUGGAGGGGGCAGUGAUCUGAGACUUUGGACGGUAAAUGGUGAUCUUGUAGGACAUGUGCACUGCAGGGAAAUCAUAUGCUCUGUUGCUUUCUCUAACCAGCCGGAAGGAGUGUCCAUCAAUGUUAUUGCAGGGGGGUUAGAAAAUGGGGUUGUAAGGCUGUGGAGUACUUGGGACUUGAAACCUGUGCGGGAAAUUACAUUUCCUAAAUCAAAUAAACCUAUUGUAAGCCUUACAUUUUCCUGUGACGGUCAUCACUUGUACACCGCAAAUAGUGAAGGAACUGUUAUAGCUUGGUGUCGCAAGGACCAGCAGCGCUUGAAACAACCCAUGUUCUACUCGUUCCUUAGCAGCUAUGCAGCUGGCUGAUGACUCUUCAUGCUGCUAAAUCACCAUAUCUCUGAAGCACUUUAAAUCCAGAGUAGAUCAUAGAACCUCUGUUAUUUAAUUGGAUUUUGAAAUGUAUUGAACUUUAAAACAAGUGAGUUAAUGAAAGCAUACAUCAAUCUGAAGCUACUGUAAAAUGUGUGUAUGCAUGCCUCAAAUUUUAAACCAUAUCAAGGUUACAGGGAAGUUCUGGUUUUAUAUACUCUGAUACAAGCAACGUGGUGCACAAAUGCACUAAUCAACAAGCUGAAAUGCUGCAGUGUAAAAUGUAAUAUUUUUAAAAAUAAUUUCUUGUACACAAGUAUUCCAAAUCUUGACUCACUAGUGGUGACUUUUUCCCUUUCAUUCUUUGUGUUGUAAAGUACCAAUAGCAUUAAAAUUUCUUAAAUAUUUAUAAGAUUGUCAAUGUGUGUAUCUGAUCAGUCAGUACAAUCCAAUUGGCUCUAGCAUUAGUACCCCAAAAAUUUAAAAAUGGAGGAUUCAAAACUGCUUUUUUUGAGAAGCAAGUAACUCAGUAGGUGCUUUGUGCACCAACCAUUUUAUCAUGUCAUAAUGAUAAAAAUUGAACUUCCGUUAUUCCCAAUAUUCCAUAGCUUUUGCUAAUUAUUGUCCUACUAGAGCUGAGAAGACAGUCUUGUAACAGACAGAAACCAAUGUAUCUGUGUUUUAAUAACAACCAGACACCUCCAGGCAACAUGAAACAAUAGUUAAACAAGAUUUUUUUAUCUAAUUGUAAAUUGCACAAAUGCAUAAUACUAGUUAGUUAUUACGAAUCUAAGUGGCAGAAUAUAUUUAGCAUACAUCUGAGUUCAAAAAUACAAAGAAAACAGCGCUGAUAUCAUCUGCUCCCAUUUAGUGCCAUGUGAGAGUUAAAUACAUGUAAAAUGUUUGAAUAAGACCAUAACUGCUUGUCUAAUCAGUGUUCAUCAUAUAUGUCAGAUCAUUCAGAAAAGUUUAUGCAGACAUAGAGUGCAAAUAUGAUAUUUAUUCCUAGGUGCUAAUCUUUGAAAAAGGAACAUGCAUUCAAGUCAGGGGUUAAUACUUCACAACCUAUCAAUUGAAUUUGAAGGUGAAUUUUUUUGUAUGGCAUCCUCCAGACAGGACUGACACACUCUCAGUAACUUAAGUAUUCGGAAAGCCAAUAUCAGCUGAGCAUAAUUACAUAUUCCUCCACUAUGGGGAAAAAAGUUACAACCCAAAAAUGCCACAGAAACCUAUUAAGUAGUUAAAACCUAUUUUUUCCUUUAAAUCACUUACACAUUCCACUUCUACCAUAUAGAUUUUAUGGCCUAUAUUUUUACUCAUUGCAUGUAUUUAUCCUUCUGCAAAACACUGUACUAUAAGAUCUAUAAUUUGUCGUCUGGUGAUAAAGACAAAGUAUGUAUAGAUACCUGCAAAUCAUAAUAUACACACAAUCUGUGAAUUUGUUCUGAAAAUUCCAAGUGUACAUCUUUAAAUUUCUAGAUUUUCAAAAAACUUUAUAGAUUAAGUACAAGGAUCUUCCCAGAGUUCAUAUUCUGAAAAUAGAUCUUUUGGACCAGUGAAGAAUAAGCAAAUGGCUGCAUACUGUAUGAAUUUAACUUUUUAAAUGCAUAUAUUGCAGGUACAUUUUACAAGCUGGCUUUAAUCAUGUUUUUCAUACUCCAAAUACAAAUGGAGAAGCUUUUUGGUUCAUGUUGAAGUUAUAUGCUUCAUUUAAAACUUUUUGUUUUGGAGGCUUUUACUUGCUCCCCAAUUUAAAUAUGGGAUGUUGCUCAUGGAGUCUUGUUUUUUAAAAAGCAGCAUUCCAUUUGUUAUAAAUCUCAGAUAUGCAAAAUAGCUGUUCUUGUAAAAAGUGCAAUAUUAUAUUUUUAUGUAAAACACAAAUGAACUUUUGGGGCAGGGAAUAUUUAUUCAGCUUGAUAACAUGUUUUGGAAAUAUUAAAACACCUCAUGAUAGUGUAUGUGCAUGUCAGGCUGAAAAUUCCUGUAAAUAAUCACAUGUUGCACUGUCUUUGUAUACACUGCCGCCUGUGGUGUUGGGUAAUAAAUCGUUAAUUUGAUACAAAUAUAGAUAAAA